CUACUGCAGCAGGAGACGACAACGACUCGAUAAAGAUUUUUUUAAUCGUAAACAGAUCGGACACGAUGGUAAACGACGUUGGCCUGAGCAACACUGUGGUCGCGGACAUUGCUUCGGGUACUCCCUCACCGCCGCAGGACAAUAAACUGCACGGAGCCCCCCUCGGAACAAGUUGUUCUAAGGACAGCGAUCAUGUGGGCGGUGCCUCCCGCGGUGGACCACCUGCUCGUCCUCCCAGUAGUAGUUCUAAACUCCUCAACUCAGCAGGACUGUCGUCGCCGCUCGGCGUAGUUCCGAGUCUACCACCGGGGUUAGAAGUGGAAGAUGGACCUGGAGGACGUCCUCUGGGAGCUGGAGCAGCAGCGUCACCUGCAACAGGAGGCGUAGUUGCCGAAAGUAGUAUCAAUUCCCUGCUCGCGCCGAAGAGCGACCGCAGUAUCGACUUGACAAUCGCAGGAGGGGGAGCUCCAAAUCAUGAAAAUCAUCCAAGUGGUUCGGCUUCGGCUUCUUGUGGCGUGUCUAAUGCGGAGAGCGAUGCGACCUUCAAGACGGCGAAAAGCAGACGCACUUCGGAGGAGGACGGUGGAGCAGCGGUAUUAACUGCUGCGGAGAACAACGCUGCGGUAGCGGCGGGUGGAAGUAGAGAUCGAGAAGGUGGUAUCCUGAGCAAAAACGUCCCCACCCCAGAGUCAAGAUGGGGAUCUCGCAACACAAAUCCAGAAGUUUUGGCUGUAGUGCAUGACAAGUUGCCGUCUGUUGUAGUGUAGUGCAGGUUAGCGAGGUCACCCGCAUUAGAAACCCAGCUGCUCAUCCUGUUUACAGCAUCACAAAUUUCAAAACACGACUGCAAAUGCCUUUCAUGGGGAUGCGCAUCACAAGUUUGCUUGUCAUUGCGAAUCUGCAUGACAACUAUGGGGUGGGGACGUUCUUACUUGGGAUAGGUGGCCAUGCUGGUGCAGCUCUUCUUCGACGUCCGGCGUUGUGUCAUGGCAACCAAGC